AUGGGUGCAGCGAGGUCCAGCCAAUGGUUGCUGCUGGGAAUAGUCUUCAUCAUCUCCUCGAGUCGUGCCACGAGUCAAACGGAAAUCACAGGUACGACGCUAAGCAAACCGGAGACGAUCUUCACGCCGAUCGAAACACGAAGCAACGAUGUGAACCGAACCGAUAUGUCACUGAGUUCCGCUCGAAGGCGUCGAUACGUCCGUUUCCCGAGUGGCCCGUCCGGUUACCUCUUCGAGGGUGGCGGUCCUCCGAUAGGAAGGAACACUGGUGUACCUCCGGGUGUGCGUUUUCCAUCCUGGAGGCAACAGAAAUCGUUAUGGCGGAGUCCGAUUUCGGAGUACAACAGACCGGUGAUGGGUCAUCGAACGCCACGGUUGAUCUUUCGCGAGAACGACUUUCCAUCCCCGGUGGGUGGUAGCGCACCUUCGUUCUUCCAGCAGUCGAAUCAUCUGCCCGAUUUCGAGGACGACGUCAGAGAUCAUCGAAAGCAAACUCUCGACGAUUACCCUAGGUUAGAAUCAGAGCCGCGUCAACAAAACAGACCGCUGUGGAAGGGCGACGAUACGUUGUGCGCUGACGGACGAAGCUGCGAAUUUUUUCUAAUGUGCUGGAUGUCCGCCGGCCUAUUGGAGGGCAGUUGCGGGGGCAUUAUGUUCGCGUGUUGUCAGCGACGUGAACCGAAAGGUAGCUCUGAUUAUAAUCUGGUUGAGGCACCUAGAGAUCAGUCUCAGCCGCUUCCGUUGGAUACAUACACGGAGACCGCCAAUGAUGAUCGCUGCGGGAUCCCCGCCUCGAAGCAAACCGCUCAGAGAAGAAUCGUCGGCGGUGACGAGGCUGGUUUCGGCAGUUUUCCAUGGCAGGCGUACAUACGAAUCGGGUCCAGCCGGUGCGGGGGCACGCUCGUCAAUCGAUUCCAUGUCGUCACUGCUGGCCACUGUGUAGCCAAGGCGUCAGCACGUCAGGUUCAAGUUACUCUAGGCGAUUACGUGGUCAAUUCCGCCACCGAGACACUGCCAGCGUACACGUUCGGCGUCCGGGAGAUUCGUGUGCACCCCUACUUCAAGUUCACCCCUCAGGCGGACAGGUUCGACGUGGCCGUUCUACGACUGGAUCGACCGGUUCAUUACAUGCCUCACAUCGCGCCGAUUUGUUUGCCCGAGAAGAACGAGGACUUCCUCGGUCAAUACGGCUGGGCCGCUGGAUGGGGCGCGCUGCAAGCCGGAUCGAGGCUGCGACCGAAGACGCUACAAGCCGUCGACGUGCCUGUGAUAGACAACCGGGUCUGCGAGAGGUGGCAUCGCUCCAACGGGAUCAACGUCGUCAUUUACGACGAGAUGAUGUGCGCUGGAUACCGCGGCGGCGGAAAGGACUCCUGUCAGGGCGACAGCGGCGGUCCACUGAUGCUAGAGAAAACAGGUCGAUGGUACCUGAUCGGUAUCGUCUCGGCCGGUUACUCGUGCGCCCAGCCAGGUCAGCCAGGUAUUUACCAUCGCGUGGCCAAAACCGUCGACUGGAUCACUUACGUAAUCAACUCGUAG